AAGUCGCUCUGUUUCAAACCGAUUUCGAUUGGUCGGUUUUUGUGCGAUUUUAGCCAAUCACACUCACCCAGGUCACAGCAAACCAACAGGAAGAAAAGAUGGCGGCGAGGAACGGGAAGAAUGGACUGCUUGAAAAAUGGAGGAUUGACGAAAAGCCUGUGAAGAUCGACAAAUGGGACGGUGCAGCGGUGAAGAACUCUCUAGAUGAUGCAGCUAAAAAGGUUCUGAUAGAAAAAUACGGCUACAUUGAGAACUUCAACUUAGUCGAUGGACGUCUGGUCAUUUGCACGGUCUCCUGCCUUUUUGCCAUUGUAGCUUUAAUUUGGGACUACCUGCACCCGUUCCCAGAGUCCAAGCCUGUACUGGCCUGCUGCGUCGUUUCAUACUUCAUCAUGAUGGGGAUUUUGACCCUCUACACCUCUUACAAAGAGAAGAACAUCUUCCUCGUGGCCAUGCAGAAGGACCCAGCUGGCAUGGACCCGGAUCACACCUGGCAGCUGUCCUCUAGCCUAAAAAGGUUUGAUGACCAGUAUACUUUAAGAAUGUGUUUCACUGAUGGGAAAACCAAGCAGUCCAGGGAGACAGAGUUUACGAAGUCAGUCGGGGCAUUCUUCGACGAGAACGGGACGCUGGUGAUGGACCACUAUGAGAAAUCUGUUUCAAAGCUUCAUGAUACAUUGGCCACAGACAAGAAGACAAAGUAACGUUUAGUAGAAAUGGGCAGAACUGGCCUUCAGUGACUCCGCACAUGCAGUAACGGUGGCUUUAGUGAGUGUUAUCAGAGUUUAGCUCGCAGCUAUUACGUUACAUAAGGUCAGCACAGUGUUCUAUUGCUUCUGUUAAAGAAAUGGUCCAGUUUUUUUUUUUUUUUUUUUUAAUGCAAGUUCAGUUUAUUCUGGUGUCUCAUUUUAAUGCUCUUAAUAAAAAUGAAGACAUUGUUACAACAUGCAUGACAUUUUUUGUAAUAAAUGUAUUUUUUCAUAAAGAGCAGUUACCAUUAAGUUUUUAGGUGUUGGGAGGAUAUUUAUAUUUAAAAGCAAAAUAAGUCCCUCCUUACUUUGGUAGUACUUUUGGAGGUGCUCCACAAUAGUAUGCCCACACAUACAUACAUACAUACACACACCUUCACAUGUAUAUCAAAUGUAUCUUUUCAAUCUGCACUUUUUUUUCUAUUCUGAAUUAUACUUGUUUUUUAGGCUUUGAAGGACCGUGGGAAUCAAAAAAGGGACUCUGUCAAUCUGUUGUGUUGUUCCCAUCUUGCUUUGUUACUUUUAUGUUUGGCCAUUUAAGCUUAAACCAGGGAUAAUCGUUUUAUGUUCCAUUUAGUUUCUAUUUUUGGAGCAUUGGAUCAGUUUUGACCUGUUUUUCACACUCCGGAAUGAAUGGAGCUGAAUUUCCUGGUUUUCUUUCUGUGUUCUGUCAACAAAUAUUUUCAAGUAGAUUAUCUAUAAUUUAUUUUGAAAGAACCGUACAUCUGGAUGCAGUCUGUUUCUCUACAUUGUGAAAUAUUUGGCAUGCUGAAUUCCUUGAAGAAUUUUUUCUAAUGAUAUUCAGCUUUAGCUACCCAUAUUGUAUGUGCCUGUUAUCAAACAAACAAAAGUAAAAAAAAAAAAAUAAAGUGAUAAGGCAUUUUUACA